UCACUAUCAUAUUAACGUAGCCAACUAAACAAACUAGAAAGUUAAAUAAAUAAAAAUUGCUCAUAUACGUUGUCUCCGGAUUCUCGCUCUUCUCUCUCUAUCUUCUCUCUAUGGAUCUGCUAACUUACCCGUAAUUUCUUCUCAAGUUAACUGAUGGCGAGUGAAGCUUUAGGAGUUUUCAGCUCAAGUUGAACAUGCUUUUAGACUCAGCAUAUCAGUACCCUUCUACACAAGUAAUAUAAUUUACAAUUUAGAUCUGAGUGCUCCUAGUCCAGGAUCUUGUGCUCCUUGUGACACAUUGUGUAAUGGAUAGGUCAGAUACAUCAGGAUUUGUGAGUGGAGGUAGCUUAUUGAGGUAUUUGAAAGCUUUGUUCAUUUUGAUUUAUACAUCUUACUAGUUCAGUAACUGUGAUUUUCUAGAUAGCAUUUUAGUACCUAGUACCCAAAAAAUGGAUAUCAACCCGAAUACGAAAUUGUUCUCUUGCAACCAUGAGCUGAUAAAAAUUAAAAGCUCAGCCGAUACUACGUUAAGCCUGGAUUUCUUUGGCUAUGGAGAAAAGAAAGACACGGGCCUUAGAAGAGCUAGAGCUGGCUUUGGGGACCAUAUUAUCUCUUCAGGUGCAUCUGAUGAUGGGUGCAGAUUAGUCCUUGGUUUGGGCCCUGCACCUCCCACGAGUCAUAAUGAUUGGCGCCCAAUUGGCUUGAGUAAUAGUAAUGCAUCGAAGAAUAUAUUGCAUCAGGAGAUGUCAUCUGAGAGUGAUUCAGUUUUAAAACUUGGUGUAUCAGGAGGGACUGAUGAAGUUACAGCACUCAAGUGUCCAUUCGCUUCACAAAGUGCGUCUCAUACUAACCAAGUUGCAGUUGUUGGUCACAGAGUUAUGGCUCCUGUUUCUGACGAGGGUUCAACAUCAGCCAAGAAAUCAGGUGGUUAUAUGCCAUCACUGCUUUUUGCUCCAAGUAUUAAUAGCAUCAAUCUCUUUUGGCAACCAGAAGAAGUUUCUAAUCAUGAAACAAAAUCUUAUAGCCAUCCUCAUCAGUUAAGUUCCGAGCCUUCUGCUGUCUCAGAUUAUUCAAUGAGUACAGUUUCUGAGCCUGUGACAGAUGGUACAUUAUCAAGUUACCAGACCAGCAAUGCUAAAAAGUGCAAGUUUGAAGGCUGUACAAAAGGAGCUAGAGGAGCAACUGGCCUUUGCAUUGGCCAUGGGGGUGGACAGAGAUGCCAGAAACCAGGGUGCAAUAAAGGUGCUGAAAGCCGUACUGCAUAUUGUAAAGCCCAUGGAGGAGGUAGGAGGUGUGAGCAUCUUGGAUGCACUAAAAGUGCGGAAGGGAGGACAGACUACUGUAUUGCACAUGGUGGUGGGAAGCGGUGUGGGCAUCCAUCAGGUUGUGCUAAAGCAGCACGAGGCAAGUCAGGCCUUUGCAUUAAACAUGGUGGAGGGAAAAGGUGCAAGAUAGAGGGUUGCACCCGCAGUGCUGAGGGUCAGAUCGGUUUGUGCAUCUCGCAUGGAGGUGGACGGCGUUGCCAAUUCCAGAGUUGUACUAAAGGUGCACAAGGAAGUACAAUGUUCUGCAAAGCCCACGGUGGUGGGAAGCGUUGCAUUUUUGCUGGCUGCACUAAAGGUGCUGAAGGUAGCACGCCAUUGUGCAAAGGACAUGGUGGGGGAAAGCGCUGCCUCUUUGAUGGCGGUGGGAUUUGUCCCAAGAGUGUGCACGGAGGCACAAAUUUUUGUGUUGCACAUGGUGGUGGAAAGAGGUGUGCUGUUUCAGGCUGCACAAAGAGUGCACGAGGACGAACUGAUUCCUGUGUUAGGCACGGUGGAGGAAAGCGUUGUCAGUUUGAAAAUUGUGACAAGAGUGCACAAGGAAGCACUAAUUUCUGCAAAGCUCAUGGUGGGGGAAAGCGGUGCAGCUGGGGAGAUGGAAAAUGCGAGAAGUUUGCUAGGGGCAGGAGCGGAUUAUGUGCAGCACACAGUAGCUUGGCUCAAGAUCGAGAUACAAACCACAAGGGUUUGAUUGGACCUGGACUCUUUCAUGGGCUCGUGCAUACACAGUCUACUGGUGGCAGCAGCUAUAACAACACAUAUUCAUUGUCCGGGGCAAGUGCGCUUUCAGAAUAUACCAUGGAUUCCAGGGACAGGCCAUCUAAACGUCAGUGUCUGAUCCCCCCUCAAGUGUUGGUUCCUUUAUCAAUGAAGUCCUCGACAUCUUAUCUAAGACCGUCGAAUUCUGAGAAGCAUGGGGAAGGAAGCAUCAGGAACAGCAAUGUUGACAACGGCUCGAGAAAUUGCAGCACGAGAAAGAAUUUUGAAUUUGUUGUCCCCGAGGGGAGAGUUCAUGGCGGGGGUCUAAUGUCAUUGCUUGGCGGAGAUUUGAAGAAUGCUAUUGAUGGAACUUGAAGGUGAUAUUUCCAGCGCCAUAUUCCCACCAUUUGGGAUAUGGAAAUUGGCUGUUAUUGAACAUUGAACCAUGUUAUUGUGAUUUGUGUAUAAGCUAAGCUUAUUCUACCUUUCUUAGUUGGCACAUAUUCAGUGAAUCAGUGAUAUGAACUUCACUUGCACAGUUGCAUCCAGAAGUUAGAUGCAUUGAACAGUUGCAUCCAGAAGUUAGAUGCAUUGAGAACAUUUGUAAUGUAACAUACUUGAUGUUUAUGUUGGAAGAAAUUGAAUAAUAUAUUGUGCAUAUGAUUCAUUAAUCUACAGGAUUUUUUUUUA